CCAUCGUUGACCCACCUCUCUAAGUUGCUUCAUCAACUGUACAACUUCGUUAUACAAUUUUGCUUCUAUGCAUUUAUAUAUAUAUGCUCUUAACACCCACUUAGUUCCAUUCUCAAUUUCAGAAUUAAUCAAAACGCAAGAACAUGGCUUCAAAUUCCAGCACAACCACCAAUGGCUCCCCCAUCAAAACGGUCGUCGUUUUGGUUCAAGAAAACCGUUCCUUCGACCACAUGCUCGGUUGGAUGAAGUCCCUUAACCCGGAAAUCAACGGGGUCACCGGUUCAGAAUCAAACCCAGUUUCCACAUCCGACCCAAACUCAAACCGGGUCCAAUUCUCAGACAAGUCGGUCUAUGUUGACCCGGAUCCGGGUCACUCGAUCCAAGACAUCUAUGAACAAAUUUUUGGUGAGCCAUGGAGCGAAGCUUCGGCGGCAAAGAAUUUGCCGCCAAAUAUGCAAGGCUUCGCUCAAAAUGCCACGAGGAAAGAGAUAUCAAAAAAUGCGACAACAACAAUGACAAUGACAGAAACGGUGAUGAAUGGGUUCAAACCGGAUUUGGUUCCGGUUUACAAGGAGUUAGUUAAGGAGUUUGCGGUUUGUGACCGUUGGUUUGCUUCGGUUCCCGCUUCGACCCAACCGAACCGGCUCUAUGUGCAUUCCGCCACGUCACAUGGGUUGACUAGUAAUGACACCAAUAAGCUUAUUGGGGGUUUGCCUCAAAAGACGAUAUUUGAUUCUUUGGAUGAAAAUGGGUUCAGCUUUGGGAUCUAUUAUCAGUCUCCACCUGCCACACUUUUCUAUAGGAACCUGAGAAAACUAAAAUACAUAGACAAUUUUCUCCCAUUCGACUUGUUUAGAAAGCAUUGCAAAGAAGGGAAAUUACCAAACUACGUGGUGCUUGAGCAAAGAUUCUUCGACUUGCUAUCAAUACCUGGGAAUGACGAUCACCCAUCUCAUGAUGUCUCAGAGGGUCAAAAGUUUGUGAAAGAAGUGUAUGAAGCACUAAGAAGUAGUCCUCAGUGGAAUGAAACAUUGUUUGUGAUCAUCUACGAUGAGCAUGGAGGGUUUUAUGAUCACGUGCCAACCCCUGUGGAAGGUGUGCCUAGUCCAGAUGGCAUUGUUGGCCCUAAACCAUUCAUGUUUCGGUUUGAUAGACUUGGUGUUAGGAUUCCAGCAAUUAUUGUUUCUCCAUGGAUUGAGCCAGGCACAGUGUUACACGAACCUUCUGGACCAUCCCCAACGUCACAAUAUGAGCAUUCCUCAAUACCAGCAACUGUGAAGAAGAUAUUCAAUUUACCAGAAUUUCUCACAAAGCGUGAUGAAUGGGCUGGAACAUUUGAAGGCCUUUUAACUAGAAGCAGCCCAAGAACUGAUUGUCCAGAGAAAUUGCCUGAUCCCAUCAAACUACGAGAAGGUGCUGCUCAAGAAAAGGUCAAGUUGAGUGAAUUUCAGGAAGAAUUGGUGCAAAUGGCAGCAACUCUAAAUGGGGAUCAUAAAAAGAGUAUAUACCCUGACAAGUUAAUUGAGAACAUGACUGUUUCUGAGGCAGUUAAAUAUGUUGAGGAAGCAUUCAACACAUUCUUGAAUGAGUGUGAGAAAGCAAAGAAAAGUGGUGCUGAUGAAUCUGAAAUUGUAGAUUGUGCUAAUGGAUGUAGUACACCACCCAGUUCCAAAAAUUUCUUUCACAAUGUGUUGUCUUGUAUAACGUGUAAUCGUUAAUUAAGUGUUGCACUUUUUUUUACAUAUAAUUAAUUCCUGCCAGGAACAGGUGCUGCUUGAGCACGAUUGGCACUGGCCAUUAAUGUGGAAGCAGACCGAAAACUAUGUUGAAUAAAAAGUUUAACUUAUAUUCACAAGAA